CUCUCCUACCCCCUCGCCGGCGCCUGUUCUAUUCUCCAAUCCCCUCGCCGCCGCCGCCGCCGCUCCUUCCCCAAGACCCCAACCCCCUCGCCGCCGGCACCGGCGCGGCCGCCAUGCUCCGCCUCCGCAGCUGCUGCAUCGUCGCCCGCCUCAUCUCUCCCCCCUCCGCGUCUUCCAUCCCUCCUCUCCACCGCCUCCUCUCCACCACGGUCCCGGUUCCGGCAAACCCUGGCUUCGCCGUCGAGGAGUACCUGGUCGACACCUGCGGCCUCACCCGAGCACAAGCGCUCAAGGCCUCCGCCAAGCUCUCCCACCUCAAGUCCCCCGCCAAGCCCGACGCCGUCCUCGCCUUCCUCGCCGGCCUCGGCCUCUCCGCCGCCGACGUCGCCGCCCUCGUCGCGCGGGAUCCCAAGUUCCUCUGCGCCGGCGUGGAGACGACCCUGUCCCCCAUCGUCGUCGAGCUCACGGGCCUCGGGCUGUCCCCUUCCGACAUCGCCCGACUCCUCACGCUCGCCGCCAACACCCACUUCCGCAACAAAUCCGUCGUCUCCAAGGUGCGCUACUACCUGCGCCUCUUCGGCUCCUUGGAGGAAUUCCUCCGGGCAUUGAAGCAUAACCACAAUCUCCUCUCGCACAACCUCGAGACGGUGGUCAAGCGGAACGUCGGGUUACUGCAGGAGUGCACGCUAGGUGUUUGCGAUAUUGGCAAGCUGUGCACCACUCUGCCAAGGAUGCUCACUGCCAAUGUGGAGCAAAUCCGGGCGAUGGUGGCCAGUGCUGAAGGCUUAGGUGUGCCUCGCGGGUCUGGGAUGUUCAGGCAAGCUCUGCGGUCUGUUGCAUUCCUCAGCGAGGAGAAGAUCGCCGCCAGAACGGACUACUUGAAGAAGACGUUUAGGUGGUCGGAUGCUGAGGUUGGCAUUGCUGUGUCCAAGGGUCCAGUUGUGCUCGUGUCGUCAAAGGACUUGCUGAAGCGCAGGUCUGAGUUCCUUAUCUCUGAGGUGGGGUUGGAGCCGGCGUACAUUGCUCGCCACCCAUCAUUGCUCAGUUAUAGCUUGGAGGGCCGGCUCAGGCCCCGGUACUAUGUUAUGAAGUUUCUUACGGAAAACAGAUUGCUCAAGCGUCACACGUGCUACUAUACAUUUGCCAAGGCCACCGAGAUGGAAUUCUUGGACAAGUUCAUAUGCCCUUACAAGGAAGCUGCACCACACCUUGCUGAAGACUAUGCAGCUGCUUGCAAAGGGGAAGUGCCAACUAGAUUCAGAUUUACAUGAAACAAGAAUGGUCUAUGAAUUUGGUAAACUCUGUACGGUGCAACAAAGUUUUCAUUGUGUGGUAAGCUGGUAAUUCCUAUUUGGGUGUACUUUGCCUAACUGGAUGUCGGUCUUCCACUCUGUUAGUCUGCAAUGCAUUAAAAUUUCCGUGCUGGCUUACAUUGCUUAUAGCCUGUCAAUGCUUCAUUAUGGCCUGGAGGGCUGGCUGAAAUCCCAGUUUUGUGUUGUAAAGGUUCUUAAUGAAAUUAAAAUUCUAAAAUC